AGGUUUUUUUUCUUCUUCUCUCUCCUCUCUCUUUUCUCUCAGGUUUCUCUCUCCUCUCUCUCUCUCUCUUUCUCUCUCCAGAAAGGGCAAAACCCUAAAGAGUCGUUUACACCCCCAAUUUUUAUUUACUGUGGAUUGGGAUCUUUGGUUUGCAUAUCUUGGAUCUGCGGAAAUGUAAAGGCUGUCAAUUGACAUCUUGCUCAUUGGAGCUUCAUGGAUGACGAUGCGUUGAACAUGCGUAAUUGGGGCUACUAUGAGCCAUCCUUUAAGGGGCAUCUUGGUCUGCAGCUCAUGUCUAGCAUGGCUGAGCGGGACACCAAGUCUUUCAUUCCUGGGCGUGAUCCUAAUCUCAUGGUUACUCCCAAUGCUGCCUUUCACCCACGGGACUGUGUUGUUUCAGAGGCACCUAUCCCCAUGAAUUAUGUUAGGGAUAGUUGGAUUAGCCAGAGAGAAAAGUUUUUCAACAUGUUACCAGCCACUGCUCCUAAUUAUGGCAUUCUUCCUGAGACUUCGGCAGCUCAUUCAUUGCCAAUAUUGCAGCCACCACCUGAUCCGUCAUCAAGAAAUGAGAGGGUGGUGGGUAGAGUUGAGGAGCAAUCAGUUAACAAGGAAGGUGUUCCAUUGAAGAAAAGGCAGGGUGGCGCUGCCCCAAAGACACCAAAGGCCAAAAAGCCUAGGAAGCCAAAGGAUAAUAGUAAUUCUACUGUUCAACGUGUGAAGCCUGCAAAGAAGAGUAUGGAUAUUAAAAUAAAUGGCUAUGACAUGGAUAUUUCAGGCAUUCCAAUUCCAGUUUGCUCAUGCACUGGAAGCCCUCAGCAAUGUUAUCGAUGGGGCUGUGGUGGUUGGCAAUCUGCUUGUUGCACCACAAAUGUAUCCAUGUAUCCUUUGCCAAUGAGCACCAAAAGGCGUGGUGCAAGGAUAGCUGGGCGGAAAAUGAGUCAGGGGGCAUUCAAGAAGGUCUUGGAGAAACUUGCAGCUGAAAAUUAUAACUUCAAUAACCCAAUUGAUUUGAGGACUCAUUGGGCCAGACAUGGUACCAACAAGUUUGUCACUAUCAGGUAGAUUCAAAUUGGUGGUAAUGAUAGUGGAACUCCAUCGCUUAUGGUCUGCUUCACCUGUAUAUAUUCUGUGGCCUUCUUCGGAGAUCUUUGAUGCCUUGUAGUUCAUGAAUUUUUACAGUCAUGAUAAUGUUUUAACUUUCGAACAUCUUGGUUCUUUGGAACUUCUUAGUUUUUCAUUUAUGCUUGUGCUUUAAGAACAUCUGUUUGUUCUGGUCACCAACUUUAAGUUGUGGAUGAGUUUUUAUUUGUUGGAUCCUGUUGGAUAAUCUCCUUUCAUCCACUCGGCAAACUGUUAUUAUAGACUGGCAGUUGAAUGCUGCUUUUCCUGGCAAUCUUUUAACUGACAUCAAUGACAUUUUGUUUAUUGCAUUUAUUUGCAUAAACUUUUGAAUGAU